AUGAUUCAAGGAAUCUUCUACGCGAGGUUUCUACCUGAAGAAGGAACCAAAAUCGUGGCCCAGUCUCCCCCAGGAUGCAUAGUAGCCUCCUCAUUAACUCCACAUCUCAAGCCGCCCUUGGUAGACUUCGAUAUCAUCCAGGAGUAUAUCAUCCCGCGCAAGGCCUUCUUCAACCACUUCCUGACGGUCAACUCACCCGAUAACAAAUACAGCAUCCUUGGAUUUCCUGUAUCCAUUCCCCAUGAAAGAUACCACCGCAAUGAAUUUAUAUUCAACUUUGGCCUCGUGGUAGAGGCGGACGCAGAUCAGAUCCCUUAUGAGCGGCUGGUUCGACGACUCGCUGUCACCUUUGCCGAGAUGGAGCGGCAGGGGGGUUACCUGAGCAGCGAGGGUAAGCUGAAUGACGGUAGACGACCAAUUGAGAGUCUCUUAGAGAUUGUGAAGGAAGAUCUAAACAAUUACGGGGAGUGUAUGAUUCCCGUUGACGAAGCAAACACGCUAAACAUGAAGCUCUUCCCUUACCACCCUUCACCACCUCCAGUCCGCGGCUGGCACGUUCCUGUCCCAAAGAUGAAGCUCACCUCCAUUCUAGACCCGACGUGGGACCUCACUCUCCAGAAACUCGUCCCCCAUAUCGACGGCGUCAACGACGUCCGCCGCAUUGCCUGGCUUGCGGACGUCUCACUGCCCCUGACCCAAACAGCACUGCAGCAUCUCUUAUACUACGACACCAUCCUACUGUUGGACAUGUUCUUCUUUGGCUCGUGCUAUGCCCCCCGACCAGGCGUGCACGACUUCAUCGAGAACAAGGACAGUCUUGUCGACGAGUGCGCCGGGUACGUCUGCAUCAACCCUACCUCUCCCGUCCCCGCAGCGACCGGGCCCAGCGGAAGUAGUGACGGUGGUGGUGGCCACGAGAGAGCCGGCUCAACCGGAGGCGAAGCACCACUCGCCGGCCCCCAGCGCGUCUCCAAUUACCAGCUCAUCAAGCUCAUGACGACCUUCUGCGUGGGACGUUCGGUCAUGGAGUGGAUUAAGCUACACACAGAUGCGGGCUUCCCGGUACUGCAGCACAUCGAUGUGCGGCGAUUCGUUCAGUUCGGCGUCAUCAAGGGGUUGCUGUACCGCGUCCACAAGCACGUGGUCUCGAAACAGUACCUAACCCUGUUAGCUACCGGACACGCGCGGCCGCUACGUGAGGACGAAGUAUCGUCUAUCAGGCCCCACGAGGGCGUCGAUGGGGAUGGCUUGGUGGCAGAUCCGCUGCAGAGAUACACAGAUGGUUGCCAUAGUUUUGAUCAGAUUAUCACAGAGCAGAACAUGGCUGAUGGCAAGAUUAUGGAUAACCUCAGGAGCUUCAAAGCACCGGCGGGCGAUUUGACUGUAUUUUAUCGCUAA